AAAACACAAGUUGUUGAUUUUUUUCUGGUCGUCUGCGUCUUCUGCGGAAACUGGCAAAAGCUUGAGGAAGCAAGGAGCUAGUCCUUCAGCCCCUGAUCCGAGCAAUGCCAAACAACCUGGAGUCGCGGGUCGUGGACCUGGGUCUGGCCUGCUUGGUCUGCCUAACGGAGGAGCUCGGCAGCACCUCUGUUUACAGCCACGACCUGGAGCCGCCAAACAUGGUCAUUCUGGAGAAGAUCCGUAGCUGCACCGGCCUAAAGCUGGAGUGCCGCGCCUACACACAUAUGGAGGGUUGGCCGGACAAGAUCUGCCAACAGUGCUACAUCGAGCUAACGGUUGCCUAUCGCUUCCGGGAGAAGUGCGCCGCUGUGGAGAAACUGUUCCAGCAGCAGCAGCAGAUGCAGCUAAAGAUGGAACUGGAGCAGCACCAGGUGCGCCUGCCAGCCACGCUAAAGAUCAAGCGCCUUGAGAUGGAACCCCUUGGCGCGUCCGGCGACACGCUGUGCAGUACACUGGCCACGGCCGCCGAGUCCUCAUACUACCAGGAAAUAGUAGAGGAGGUGGAUGAAGAAGAAUCGCAGGAAGAGACUGUGCCGGCGGUGCCGACGGCGGACGCCGUCACCCUGUUGCCGGAUGAAGCCAUGGUCCUGUCGCUAGCAGAUCUCGAUGAGACCGAUCCCAUCAAAAUGAGACCAGAAAGUCUCGCCUCCAGUGAUGAGGAGGCGGAAGACAAGCUGUUAGCCCUGGCACCCUGGGAUAACGACCAGACGCCAGAGCAUCUGUACGAAAUAGAGACACCGAUAAUGGAGGAAGAGCUGCCCACGCAGUCGCUGCCACCACCGCCGCCACCACCACCUGCCCAGGCAACCAGCAAGCUGAGAAAGCGUACCUAUCGCCGCGUUUCGCCCAUUGUCAAGCAAGACAGUGGGAGAGAUGCAAGUUCCGACCUAGAUAAGGAUUUCCAGCCGGUGGUGGUGACCAGCUCGAAGCGCCGUCAGUCAGAGCGCUCGCCGAAGAUCUGUGACGUGUGCGGGAACACGUACAAGUACCAGCACGCCCUGAAUGCCCAUAUGCGACGCCAUAACAACGAGCGGCCGUAUCCGUGCGAGGUGUGCCAGAAGGCGUUCAUCUCGAACGUGGAGCUGCGUCGUCACAUGCGCGUCCACACCGGCCAGAAGCCUUACGGCUGCAAGUUCUGUGAGCGCCGCUUCUCGGACUUCGGCAGCAGCAAGAAGCACGAGCGGAUCCACACCGGCGAGCGGCCGUAUGUGUGCGAGGUGUGCCACAAGGGAUUCGCCUACGCCCAUGUCCUAUCCGUUCAUCGACGCACACACACCGGGAAGAAGCAAUUUCAGUGCACUAAGUGCGACAAGGGAUUCACCAAGAAAAGUUACCUGUCGGCGCAUAUGGACCAGCACCGUGGCUCGGGAUCUGCUGAGUUAACUGAAGAAGAUGGAGAAGCAAUGGGAUCUGGCUUCAGCGCUGGCGCUGGCAGUCUGCGUCUGUCCGGACGCAAGCCGGACACCUUCUCCCUGGACUCCGUAGUGCUGGGCGAGCAGAAUAAGGUCCUCGAGGAAUGCAUUGUCACUAAUGACUUUAUGUUCAACGAGGAGGACGAUGACGACGGCCGGGCCGUUGUGGAUGAGAACGAGGAAGCGGAGGCGACGGAGGACACCAAUCAUCACGAAUCUUAUCCGCCGCAGCCAGACUUUGAUGACGUCGAUGGCUACCAGAGUGUGCGAUCCGUCAAGGAGCUGGUGGGCGACCUGCUCGAUUCGGAGGAGUUCGACGACGAAUCUAAAUAUCUGAUCGACUAGUAUUACCCCUUACACGAGUCUCUCCACUAUACUAAACACUAAAACCAAACCCCACCCCCACACCC